UCGAAGAUGGCGAGGCUUGUUAGGAAAGAAGCUUUUGAGUGCGAUCCAGAUUUUUGUCCUCGCUGUGGUUCUAUCCUUCCCCUUCCCGGUGAAUCAGACGUUGUCUCCUGUGUUCUUUGCGACUUCAAGAAAGACGCAUCUGAAUUUGAGGAUAUAGAAGUUCACUCACGAAAGGUGUUCAACAUUGCAAAAGAAAAAACAUCAAAUUCGAAAGAUUCAGAGGAACCAUUAGGACCUAUGGCUGACAGAAAAUGUUCAAACUGUGGACAUGAAGGCAUGACAUACACCACAAGACAAACUCGAUCAGCUGAUGAAGGCCAAACAGUGUUCUUCAGCUGUCCACAGUGCAAGAUUCAGGAAACAGAGUAUUCUUAAGAAUUUGAGUGGCUUAAGUCAUUCAGACAUGCUUUAUAAACAUCUCUGCUGUCAGUGCCAAUAGGACAGAAACAAACUCGGAGCAUUGUUGGAGCAGGUUUCUUUGGAGUUUCCUGUCUGCAUUUUUAUAAAAUGCAACCAGCAUUCAAGCCUGUGCAUGAAUGCAUUGUGGAAUGCAUUGUGGAUCAGAGCAUUGUGGAAUGUGCUCUGAAUAGUUAAACUACAUAUCCUAUUUAAGAUUUAAGCCCCAGAAAAAAAGAUAAUCUUCCCCUGUUUGGUAGCACAUACACACUGUACCAGUUUAGGUGAAGUAUAGAAAAACCUUAAAAAAGAUAUUUGAAUUAAAUUUUUACAGAAAAAAUGUA